AUGCGUAUAUUAAUACGUCAUAUUAUUAUCACACAACUUAUACUAAUAUUUUCUUAUCAUCAUAACAUAUCAGUAAGUGGUAUUCAUGAAAAAGCUGCUCCAUCUGGUACAUCAUCCUUAACAUUUGUAUUUGAUACCACCGGUUCAAUGAAUGAUGAUUUAAUUCAAGUGCAAGAUGGCGCGAAAAAAAUCCUAGACACUGUUCUCAAACAACGUGAAAAACUUAUAUACAAUUAUGUCUACGUGCCAUUUCAUGAUCCCAGAGUUGGACCGGUAUUUUCUACAACUGAUCCAAGAACUUUCCAAAGGCAUCUCAAUUCGGUACACGUAGUUGGUGGUGGUGAUUGUCCUGAAAUGUCACUUAGUGGUAUUCAACUGGCCUUAAAGGCUUCAUUGCCUGCAUCUUUCAUAUAUGUGUUUACCGACGCGCGCGCUAAAGAUUAUCAUUUAGAAGAUCAAAUCGUGAAUUUGAUUCAGGAGAAGCAAAGUUCUGUAGUAUUUGUGAUGACUGGAGACUGUAACAAUCGUACACAUCCCGGUUUUCGUUGCUUUGAAAAUAUCGCUGCUGUUAGUUUUGGACAAGUUUUUCACUUGGAGAAAACGGAUAUCAAUAAAGUACUCAAUUAUGUCCGUCAUUCCAUCACCCUUAAAAAGGUUCAUAUUAUAUACGAAAUUAGAAAUCACAGUGGUACAUUUUUAUGUCAGAUACCUGUUGACAGAUUGCUUACAGAAUUAACAGUAUCGUUAUCAGGAGAUAAAGAUGAUUCAAAUUUAGACAUUAGUUUGAUUGAUCCUAAAGGCACACGAGUAGAUCGAACUCAACUCAGCAAUGAAAGUGGUUCGAUUGAUUUGAGCAAUAUUAAACUAAUCCGGAUCCGGAAUCCUAUCCCUGGGAUUUGGAAAAUACGAACAUCAAGUCGUUUGAAACAUACAUUACGAGUGCUUGGUCAUGGCGCUAUUGAUUUCAA